AUGAAGUUGGAGCAAAGGAGAGAGGAGCAGAGGAGAGAGGAGCAGAGGAGAGUGGAGCAGAGGAGAGAGGAGCAGAGGAGAGUGGAGCAGAGGAGAGAGGAGCAGAGGAGAGUGGAGCAGAGGAGAGAGGAGCAGAGUAGAGUGGAGCAGAGGAGAGUGGAGCAGAGGAGAGUGGAGCAGAGGAGAGAGGAGCAGAGGAGAGUGGAGCAGAGGAGAGUGGAGCAGAGGAGAGUGGAGCAGAGGAGAGUGGAGCAGAGGAGAGAGGAGCAGAGGAGAGUGGAGCAGAGGAGAGUGGAGCAGAGGAGAGAGGAGCAGAGGAGAGAGGAGCAGAGGAGAGUGGAGCAGAGGAGAGAGGAGCAGAGGAGAGUGGAGCAGAGGAGAGAGGAGCAGAGGAGAGUGGAGCAGAGGAGAGAGGAGCAGAGUAGAGUGGAGCAGAGGAGAGUGGAGCAGAGGAGAGUGGAGCAGAGGAGAGAGGAGCAGAGGAGAGUGGAGCAGAGGAGAGAGGAGCAGAGUAGAGAGGAGCAGAGUAGAGAGGAGCAGAGGAGAGAGGAGCAGAGGAGCAGAGGAGAGUGGAGCAGAGGAGAGUGGAGCAGAGGAGAGUGGAGCAGAGGAGAGUGGAGCAGAGGAGAGUGGAGCAGAGGAGAGUGGAGCAGAGUAGAGUGGAGCAGAGGAGAGAGGAGCAGAGGAGAGAGGAGCAGAGGAGGUGAGAGGAGCAGAGGAGAGUGGAGCAGAGGAGGUGAGAGGAGCAGAGUAGAGUGGAGCAGAGGAGAGUGGAGCAGAGGAGGUGAGAGGAGCAGAGGAGAGUGGAGCAGAGGAGGUGAGAGGAGCAGAGUAGAGUGGAGCAGAGGAGGUGAGAGGAGCAGAAGAGAGAGGAGCAGAGGAGAGAGGAGCAGAGGAGAGUGGAGCAGAGGAGAGUGGAGCAGAGGAGGUGAGAGGAGCAGAAGAGAGAGAGGAGCAGAGGAGAGAGGAGCAGAGAAGAGAGGAGCAGAGGAGAGUGGAGCAGAGGAGAGAGGAGCAGAGGAGCGAGGAGCAGUGAUGAGAGAGGAGCAGAGGAGAGAGGAGCAGAGGAGGUGA